AUGCAGUACACGUACCUCAGCCUCAUCGUUACUGCAUCUGGGAGUUUCAGUCCGGCAGUGAAUGCACUAAAGGAAAAAGCUCGCAGAGCGCUGUACGCAAUCAGGAGGAGAUUCUACAAUAUUGACAUUCCCAUCUCAAUCUGGUGUAAAGUGUUUGAUAGUGUAAUCCAGCCCAUUGCGCUGUAUGGGAGUGAGGUGUGGGGUCCACUCAGUCAGAGGGAGAUGGACAGCUGUGUGGCUCUCAUUCUUCUGUCCAUGAUCUCACUCACCACAGCUGAUAUUAUAAAGCUGGCGGAUGGUGGGAGUCACUGUGCUGGAAGAGUGGAUGUGUUUUUCUGGGGACAGUGGAGAACAGUGUGUGAUGAUUACUGGGAUAUAAGAGGUGCUGCAGUGGUGUGUAGAGAACUGGGCUGUGGAGAGGCUGUAGAUGUACUAAAUGAUGCUCACUUUGGACCAGGACCAGGAGCAAUGUGGGAAUAUCCCCGGGUGUGUAACGGAUCAGAAUCUACAGUGAACAAAUGUGGAGCAAGAGAUUUUAAAGCGAGAGAGCGUAUCUGUGAUAAUACUCAUGGUGCUGGAAUGAUCUGUUCAGCCGGUGUGCGGCUGGUAGAUGGAGACAGUCGCUGUGCUGGGAGAGUGGAAGUUCUUCAUAGAGGACAGUGGGGAACAGUGUGUGAUGAUGGCUGGGAUAUGAGAGAUGCUGCAGUGGUGUGUAGAGAGCUGCGCUGUGGAGAGGCUGUAGAUGCACUGAGUGAUGCUCACUUUGGUCCAGGAUCAGGGACAGUUUGGAUGGUUAAUGUGGACUGUAGAGGAUCAGAGUCAACACUGAAGAACUGUAAAUCACCGGGAUGGGGUAAACAUAACUGUGAUCAUUCUAAAGAUGCUGGAGUCAUCUGUUCAGGUAAUCUGCCAGAAGUCAGGCUGGUUGGUGGUUCUCGCUGCUCUGGAAGAGUGGAGGUGCUUCAUGGAGAGACCUGGUCCACAGUGUGUGAUGCUGACUUUGACCAGCAGGAUGCAGAGGUUGUGUGUCGAGAGCUGGGCUGUGGGCUUCCUGUGGAGGUGCUGGGAGCAGCUGCUUUUGGCAGAGGGGAGGGUCAGGUGUGGUCAGAGGAGCUUCAGUGUAGAGGCAAUGAAUCUCAGAUUUACUUCUGUCCAACGUCAUCUUCACUCAAACACAGCUGCUCCCAUGAUAAUGAUGUGGGACUGGUGUGUGCUGGCAGUGUGAGGUUGGUUGAUGGGGGCAGUCGCUGUGCUGGGAGAGUGGAAGUUCUUCAUAGAGGACAGUGGGGAACAGUGUGUGAUGAUGGCUGGGAUAUAAGAGCUGCUGCAGUGGUGUGUAGAGAGCUGGGCUGUGGAGAGGCUGUAGAUGCACUGAGUGAUGCUCACUUUGGACCAGGUUCAGGACAAAUUUGGAUGGUUGAUGUGGACUGUAGUGGGUCAGAGUCUACACUGAAGAACUGCCACUCAACACUUUGGGGUAAACAUUCCUGUAAUCACUCUAAUGAUGCUGGAGUUUUCUGCUCAGGAGUCAGGCUGGUUGGAGGUUCUCGCUGCUCUGGGAGAGUGGAGGUUCUUCAUGGAGAGUCCUGGUCCACAUUGGUGGAUGGUGGCAGUCGCUGUGCUGGGAGAGUGGAGGUUCUUCAUAGAAGACAGUGGGGAACAGUGUGUAGUCAUGGUUGGGAUAUAAGAGAUGCUGCAGUGGUGUGUAGAGAGCUGCGCUGUGGAGAGGCUGUAGAUGCACUGAGUGAUGGUCACUUUGGACCAGGAUCAGGACCAAUCUGGAUGGAUAAUGUUCACUGUAGUGGAUCAGAGUCUACACUGAAGAACUGUUCAUCAUUAGAAUCAAGUAAACAUGACUGUGAUCAUUCCACAGAUGCUGGAGUCAUCUGCUCAGGAGUCAGGCUGGUUGGUGGUUCUCGCUGCUCUGGGAGAGUGGAGGUGCUUCAUGGAGAGACCUGGUCCACAGUGUGUGAUGCUGACUUUGACCAGCAGGAUGCAGAGGUUGUGUGUCGAGAGCUGGGCUGUGGGCUUCCUGUGGAGGUGCGGGGAGCAGCUGCUUUUGGCAGAGGGGAGGGUCAGGUGUGGUCAAAGGAGCUUCAGUGUAGAGGCAACGAAUCUCAGAUUCACUUUUGCCCAACAUCAUCUUCACUCAAACUCAGCUGCUCCCAUGACAGUGAUGUGGCACUAGUUUGUUCUGGUAUUGUGAGGUUGGUGGAUGGUGGCAGUCGCUGUGCUGGGAGAGUGGAAGUUUUUCAUAGAGGACAGUGGGGAACAGUGUGUGCUUUUAUCUGGCACGUAAUUAACGCUGCAGUGGUGUGUAGACAGUUAGACUGUGGGGAGCCACUGAGUGUGGAAAUUGCUGCACCAGGAUCUGGACCAAUCUGGAUGAGUCAUGUGGACUGCAGUGGAUCAGAGUCUACACUGAAAAACUGUGGAUCACUGGGUUGGGGCAAACAUAGCUGUGUUCAUCUUAUAGAUAUUGGAAUUCACUGUUCAGGUAUGUUUCAAUCAUCACACACAGGUCACAGAAAGUCCAGGCUUACAGGUGGUCCUCAUCAGUGCUCUGGGAGAGUGGAGGUGCUUCAUGGAGAGACCUGGUCCACGGUGUGUGAUGCUAACUUUGACCAGCAGGAUGCAGAGGUUGUGUGUCGAGAGCUGGGCUGUGGGCUUCCUGUGGAGGUGCUGGGAGCAGCUGCUUUUGGCAGAGGGGAGGGUCAGGUGUGGUCAGAGGAGCUUCAGUGCAGAGGAAAUGAAUUUGAGAUUACCUUUUGUCCAAUAUCAUCUUCUCUUAGACUCAACUGCACCCAUGACAGUGAUGUGGGACUAAUAUGUUCUGGUCAAACUGGGGCUCAGCUGGUGAACGGCUCUGACUCCUGUUCUGGUCGAGUGGAGCUUCAGUACCUCAGUGAGUGGGGCACAGUGUGUGAUGUAAACUGGGAUAUGAGAGCUGCCAGUGUCCUCUGUGGUCAGCUGAAGUGUGGGAGUGCUGUGGCUGUGUUGGGGUCAGACUGGUUUGGGGAGGGCAGUGGCCAGAUCUGGGCUGAAGUGUUUGAUUGUCAGGGGAACGAAAAACACCUGUCAAAAUGUCCCAUUUCAUCAUGGAGUCGAACUGCAUGCUCUCAUAAACAGGAUGCUGGAGUCAUCUGCAGUGGUUCCUCUCUGGCGUUUAAUGAGGGGCGAGUGCGGUUGUCUGGAGGGAUGGAGUGUGAGGGGGAGGUGAACGAGACGUCACUGUGGAACUGCAGAUUUCAGCUGUGUGGAGAGGAUGAAUGUGGACACAUGGAGGAUGUAGGAGUUGUGUGUUCUGAGUAUAAAGAGAUCAGACUCACUGAGGGCUGUGAGGGGAAUCUGGAAGUGUUCUACAAUGGAACCUGGGGUAAUGUGUGUGUUAAUGAUAUAGAUGAAGAAACAAUAAGUUUGAUCUGUCAAGAGCUGAACUGUGGAAGAUCUGGCAGUUUGAGCCAAACUAAAGCAAGAGUGGAAUCAGCUCCUAACUGGCUGGAUGAUCUGAAAUGUAGGAAACAUGACUCCACUCUGUGGCAGUGUCCAUCUUCAUCCUGGGGAGAGAACAACUGUGAUAAUCUAAAUGAGGUGGCCCGCAUUACCUGCUCAGAGCACCUGCCUCUCAGGCUGAGAGGAGGAAAUGGAAGCUGCUCUGGGAGGCUGGAGGUGUAUCAUAAUGCUGAGUGGGGGUCUGUCUGUGAUAAUGAGUGGGACAUCAGGGAAGCUCAGGUGGUCUGCAGGCAGCUGGACUGUGGUCCGGCGCUGAGUGCUGAUGGGAGUGCUGUCUUUGGUGCUGGUGAAGGGCCUAUCUGGCUGAACAGGGUGAAGUGUAGAGGGAAUGAGAUUCACCUGUGGGACUGUCCUCAUUCCCUGAAGAACCACACUGACUGCUCCCACAGUCAGGACGCUGGAGUCACCUGUGCAGCUGGUCAGACAGAGAAUGAAGCAGUUACUCCUCCACAAACUCCAUCACCAGCUGUUUCAUCCAUCUAUGCAGUGUCUCUCCUGGUUCUGGGAGUGCUGCUCUUCCUGGCCUUAGUGCUUCUGGUUGUGCUGUUUUACCAGAACAGAGUGCUCAGGAGAGUGCUCUCUAAGAGGAAGUGUAAGACUCUGACUGAGGCAGUCUAUGAAGAGAUUGAUCAGAGACUCAUUGCUAAGAGAAUGACUAAAAAGGGUAAAUGA